CUCGAGCCCCCCGCGGAGGAGCCCACCCCCACCUACCCCCUCGAUUUUGAGAAGUUUUGGCAGGCGGCACGCAGCAACCCCCACGACUUCACCGCCUGGACCGAGCUCCUGCAGUACGUCGAGCAAGAGAACCACCUUUUUGCCGCCCGCAAAGCCUUCGACGCCUUUUUCGCCCACUACCCCUACUGCUACGGCUACUGGAAAAAAUACGCUGACAUGGAACGUCGCUUCGACUGCAGCCGGGAAACCGAGGAGGUUUUUGAGCGGGGGCUGCAGUCCAUCCCCCUCAGCAUGGAUCUAUGGAUUCAUUACAUCUCCUACCUCCAAUCCACCCUGGACAUGAAUCUUCCCGAAUCCAUCCAAAAAAUCCGCGGCGUUUUUGAAGCGGCAGUAGCGGCAGCUGGGAUGGAUUUCCGUUCAGAUAAAUUAUGGGAACUCUACGUGGAAUGGGAAAAGGAACAGGGGGAUUUACGAGCCGUCACCGGUAUCUACGACCGCGUCCUCUCCAUGCCCACGCAACUCUACAACCAUCACUGGGAGAAGUACCCAAACCUGCCCCCCGAUCCCAUCCCGAAACCGCCGGAGCCGGAAGGGACGGAAGCGCCGCCGGGAGAGGAUCUACCCCCCGGCGUGGAGGGGAAAGCGACGGCAGCAGAAACCCAGGGCGAUUUAGACCAGGAAAAAAUCCGGGAACUGGUAAUUUCCAUGCGGCAACAAAUCUACGCGCAAAACGAGGCGGAAGUCAGCAAACGCUGGAAUUUUGAGGACGGGAUCAAACGUCCGUAUUUCCACGUGAAGCCGCUGGAGCGGGCGCAGUUACGGAAUUGGCGGGAUUAUUUGGAUUACGAAAUGGCGGCCGGCUCGCACGAGCGCACCAUCGUCCUCUUUGAACGUUGUGUCAUCGCCUGCGCCCUCUACGAGGAGUUUUGGAUCAAG